UGCUUAGGUGUCUCUGUGUGUCCAAAUUUCCUCUUAAAAAGGACAUCAGUCAGAUUGGAUUAGGGCCCACCUUGAGGGCUUCUUUUAUAACUCAGUCACCUCUUUAAAGUCCUGUUUCCAAAUACAGUCACAUUUUGAGGUCCUAGGGGUUAGGGCUUCAACAUAUGAAUUUUGGGGGGACACAAUUCAGCUCAUAACAAUAGGGUUGACAAAUGAAGGAACAGCCUACAAAAUAACUGGUUAGUGACUCAUAUUGGAGAUUAAGGUGAUAUUUGACAAUUCAAUGGAGUGAAAAGUGAUAUGCGAUUGGAUGCAAAAUUGAAAAAGGGACUUCAUGGGACAACCGGAGAUCAUUUGAAUAAGGCGUGUAGGUUAGGUAAUAGGAUUACAUCAGUGCUUAUUGUUUUGAAAAUUGUACUACGGUUGUGCAAGAUGUCAAUAUUUGGGGAAGCUUGGGUGAAGACUCUAUGGGAACUCUGGUACUGCGAGGGUUCAGAACGAGUCACCCCAGAUGUACUUCUGUGGUUCGUGGGUUGUUCUGAUCUAAAGGCAACUUCUGUUGCAGGUAUGAGUAUUCUCCAGGGAAAGGAUGACAUAUUUUUGGACCUGAAACAGAAAUUCUGGAAUACAUAUAAGAGUGGUCUGAUGUACUGGCCUUUUGUACAGCUUACCAACUUUAGCCUUGUUCCUAUUCAGUGGAGAACAGCUUACACUGGACUCUAUGGUUUUCUGUGGGCCACCUUCCUUUGCUAUUCACAGCAGAGUGGCGAUGGCACAUUGACGUCCGCUUUCGCCUUCCUUCAUUUAAAGGAGGCCAACGCAGUUGAAAGGCCCCCAGAGAAAUGAAAUGUCAGGGAUUCCUGAAAGCGACACAUUUUUUUUUCUUAAAUGCAGUAGGUUGUUUGCCAAUGAAAUACUCUACUUACCAGAUAUGUGCUCCAUUUGGAACAAUUACUAUUCCAUAGACCCAUUUGUUUCUUAAUUAUCAAUAAGUACUUCAAUUUUAUCCAAAAAUUUUUUUCCCUGUUCUAGACUGAAAGUAUUACUUCUCUAAUAUUUGCACUUCUUUAAUACUUUGAUUAAUACCAAUAACAGUGCCAAAAUGGCAUUUUAUAAUUAUUACUAUUUCUAACCUAAUAUUUUAAUGCCAUUUAAUUCUAUUGAAUGCAUUUAAUUAUUAAUGCCAUUUAAGGAACCAGUUUUGAUAGUAUACUCGUAUAUCUCUCUUCUAACAUCUCAGGUUAUUAUUCCUAAACACUUUGGGAUCAGAUUAUCUUUUAUACCAAAAAUAGUUCUUACAGUAAAUUUCUAUUUACGUAGAACUCAAUCAAGGACAAGAUUGAAUAACCAGAUCCUCCCCCCAAAAUAUAUAAUUAUUUUAUGCUGAUACUAAAAGUUCUGUAAGUAUAUUUUGUAUCAUAAAAAAAAACAAACAGUGUAUGAUUGGUAUGUUCUGUAUAGAAUAUAUUUCAUUGAUGUCUUCUA